GUCGCGCGUGCGACUACCGUCGUUGUGUCGGUAUUACGUGAUUUUAAGUUUGUUUUUUCAAUAUUAUUGUGUUAUUCGUCGUGUGGUUUGAAAUUUAUUAUUUUUCCUAGACUUUUUAAGAAUUAUUAAGAUGUCAAUUUAGAUGUGUUAGUUAUUUUAUAUCAGAUGUUUACCUAAUGGAUAUUAGAUCAACAGUCUCACUUACAUUCGGAUCAAACAAAAUGUGGGUGAAAUGGACGUUGAUAACUAUAAUUGCGUUUUCAACGACAGACGUGGCCGAAGGACACGUCAACAUGACAACUCGACGAGAAUCAACUAUUCCGCCAUUCAUGGCAGAAAACGUUACCGAAUACGACGAAAUGGCUAACUAUACGGAUGAAGAAUAUCACAAUUACCUAGUCGAUUAUGUUACACCCCAAAAGUCCGAAUGGGUAUUUAUAGUUAUGCACUCUAUGGUUUUCGUUGUCGGACUUAUUGGAAACGCAUUAGUCUGCGUAGCCGUUUACAGGAAUCGAACAAUGCGAACUGUAACGAACUAUUUCAUUGUUAACUUGGCGGUGGCUGACUUUUUAGUGAUCCUAAUCUGCUUGCCACCAACUGUGUUGUGGGAUGUCACAGAAACAUGGUUCAUGGGCACUCUAGCUUGCAAAAUGGUUUUGUACUUUCAGACCGUCUCCGUAACCGUGUCAGUUAUGACGCUGACGUCAAUUUCUAUCGACCGUUGGUACGCCAUCUGUCAUCCUCUAAAGUUCAAAUCUACCACCAGCCGUGCCAGAACAGCCAUCAUUAUCAUAUGGAUUGUGGGACUUGUCUCAGAUAUUCCAGAGCUGUUGGUGUUGGAAGCCGUUCCAAAGACAAAACGGUUUCCGUCUAUUUAUCUGACCCAAUGCGAAGCUCUCUGGAGUCAAGGGUCAGAGACUUCCUACCAAAUCGCCAAGACAAUCAUGCUUUACAUCCUGCCCCUAUUGCUCAUGUCGAUUGCUUACUAUCAAAUUGUUCGGGUGCUAUGGAAAUCCGACAACAUACCUGGACACACAGAAACCGUACAAAUGUUCAAUGCCAAUGCUUACAAUGGGUUCAACCGGACAGCGACAAUGGGGUGUACCAGCACGAUGGCUCAGAUAAAAGCCAGGAGGAAAGCGGCAAAAAUGUUGGUAGCAGUUGUGGUCAUGUUCGCACUGUGCUUUUUCCUCGUGCAUCUGAUGAACUUAUUAAGAUUUACGGUGGGUAUUCAACAAUCGCAGAUAACAGCUUUAGUUUCAAAUUUAAGUCAUUGGUUGUGUUAUGCUAACAGCGCAGUGAACCCGCUGAUAUACAACUUUAUGAGUGGCAAAUACCGUAACGAAUUCAAACGGUUAUUCCUCUGUUGGGGAUCGCACAGGCAGAAUCGCCUGCGCCGUGGAGCGCACACGUCCCGAAGUGGCACGUACAUUUGCCGAUUCACGAUGACCACAAUGAAGACAGACAACGUGAGCUUUGGACUGUCGCCUGAAGACAUUCAAUGAAUAUAAUACUAUAAGGUGACACGGCGGGACGAAGCUAUAAUAAUAUUAAACUCACUCAAAG